AUGCUAAGAUUUAUUAAUAAGAAAAAUUUCAAUUUAUUAGCAAACCAAAAAAGACUUGCUUCAACUCAAAGAUCAACCUUUCCAACGGUGAUUGGGAUUGAUCUUGGUACAACCAAUUCAGCUGUAGCUGUUAUGGAAGGUCAACAAGCUAAAAUUUUGGAAAAUGAUGAAGGUCAAAGAACAACUCCAUCAGUUGUGGCUUUUAAAGAAGACGGUGAAAGAUUAGUUGGUAAUGUUGCAAAGAGACAAGCUAUUUUAAAUACUCAUAAUACAUUUUAUGCAACAAAGAGAUUAAUUGGUAGAAGAUUUAAUGAUGAUGAAACAAAAAUUGAUUUUAAUAAUUUCCCUUAUAAAAUUGUCGAAAAUGAUAAUGGUGAUGCUUGGGUUGAAAGUUUUGGUAAUAAAUAUUCUCCAUCACAAAUUGGUGGAUUUAUUUUACAAAAAAUGAAAGAAACAGCAGAAGCUCAUUUACCUCAAAAAGUCAAAAAUGCAGUUGUUACAGUACCAGCUUAUUUCAACGAUUCUCAAAGACAAGCUACAAAAGAUGCUGGUCAAAUUGCCGGGUUGAAUGUUUUAAGAGUUAUUAAUGAACCAACAGCUGCAGCAUUAGCUUAUGGGUUAGAUAAGACAAAUGAUGGUAUUGUUGCAGUUUUUGAUCUUGGUGGUGGUACUUUUGAUAUUUCCAUCUUGGAUAUUGAAGAUGGUGUUUUUGAAGUUAGAUCAACAAAUGGUGAUACUCAUUUAGGUGGUGAAGAUUUUGAUAUUUUAUUAGUACAAUUCAUCUUGAAUGAUUUUGAAAAGAAAACAGGCAUUGAUUUAUCAAAUGAACCUGAAAAAGUCCAAAGAAUUAGAGAAGCAGCCGAGAGAGCAAAGAUUGAUCUAUCACACGUUAAGGAAACCACUAUAGAUUUACCAUUUAUCAAAGAUAAACAUCAUAUUUCAAUUAAAUUAACAGAAGAUGAACUAGAUACAAUGAGUUUACAUUUAAUCCAAAGAACCAUUGAUCCUGUUAAGAGAGCUUUAAAAGAUGCUGAUUUGAAAAAGAAAGAUAUUGAUGAAGUUAUUCUUGUUGGAGGUAUGACAAGAAUGCCAAAGAUCAGAACAACAGUAGAGGAAAUUUUUGGUAAAAAACCAAGCACUGCAGUUAAUCCAGAUGAAGCAGUUGCAUUAGGUGCUGCUAUUCAAGGUGGUGUCUUAAGUGGUGCUAUUAAAGAUGUUUUAUUAUUGGAUGUCACACCUUUAACUUUAGGUAUUGAAACCUAUGGUGGUAUUUUUUCACCAUUAGUUAGUAGAAAUACAACAGUUCCAGUUAAAAAGACAGAAAUUUAUUCUACAGGUGUUGAUAAUCAAACAGGGGUUGAUAUUAAAGUUUAUCAAGGUGAAAGAGGUUUAGUUCAAGAUAAUAAAUUAGUUGGUAAUUUCAAAUUAAGUGGAAUUCCACCUUUACCAAAAGGUGAACCACAAGUUGAAGUUUCAUUUGAUAUUGAUGCUGACGGUAUCAUCAAUGUUUCUGCACGUGAAAAGACUUCUGGUAAACAAACAAGUAUAACAGUCAUUGGUAAUUCAGGAUUAACAGAAGAAGAAAUAAAGAGAAUUAUUGAUGAAGGUGAACAAAAUAAAGGUGUUGAUCAAAUUAAAAAGCAAAAAGUCCAAGCUGCAACAAAUGCAGAACUAGUGAUAAAUGAUACAGAAACAGCAAUUAGCUUAGCAUUUGGUGAUGUUUUAAAAGCUGACCCAGAAUAUUCAGAUUUGGAAAAACAUAUAAAUGCAACAAAAGAAGCAAUUGAAUUAGGUAAAUCUGGUGGUGAUAUUCAAGUUGCAGAUAUAAAGAAUAGAUCACAAGCAUUGCAAGAAUUUUCCAUCAAAAUAUUCCAAAGAGUUGCAAGAAAACAAAAUGAACUUAGAAAGCAAAAAGAUGCUGAAAAAAAGUAA